AUGUUGGAAUAUGAAAAAACACCAACCUGGAAUUCAAACGGAAAGAGAAACGGAUUCCUGUAUAAUGUAGUAGUAACAACGGUGAAGGCGUCAGUUGACCUGAGACAGUCGUCGAAGCAAUCAGGACAAAUAGACCACAGUAGCCACGACACAGAUAGGUUUUACAGCAAUAAAACAGCGUCAAACGUAGAUAGUCAGUUAAAUUCAGCACUGUCACUGUACUUUAUAUCUGAAGAUGGGACGGAGUGGAACACAUCAGUGAUCCAUUCGCCGUACUUCUACGUAUCGGUGCUGAAAGAAGAUUACAUCGACGUGGUGCUGCAGUUCCUGUACAACAAGUUCCAGGUAAACGCGAUAGGACCGGUGCUGCUGGAGCCAUGUAAGAAGAUAGACCUCUCGCUGCCGAAUCACCUGGAGAAGGUGGACGCAGUGGAAGGAGUGAGUAAGCAUAACCUGGCAACCUUGAUAAAAAUCAGCUUUAAAACAAUAGAUCAGCUCGAGAGAGGAAGAGACAUGAUAGCAGCAAUGAAGAGGCAGUACGAGAAGGACAACCUGUUGAUCAACGCAUCCAACGACUACGACGAGUUCGACGAAGACGUAAGCUACAACAAAGUGGACAGGAACAGGUACGACACAUAUAACCUGAGUAACAGAGAUCACCUGGAGUACUCAAUGGGAGAAAUGAGCGGGUCCCAGAAGACUUUGUCGAGUCAGACGCUGAGGUUCAUAGGAAACAUCUACGAGCACGACGUGAAGUACAUCAACAGAGUGUGCAUAGACCUGUCGAUAAGGUGCGGAACGUGGUACGAGGUGGAAAGAGAGGACUUCAACGUUAAGUUCGAGCCUAUGGACAAGAGGAGCGUGGCUCCGUUGAACGUGUUCGCAUGGGACAUAGAGUGUUACAAGGCGCCCCUGAAGUUCCCGGACAUGGAGACAGAUGAGAUCAUGCUGAUAUCAGUGAUGUUCAACGGGCAGGGAUACCUGAUAGUAAACAGAAGCAUAGUCUCGAGAGACAUAACGGAGUUCCUGUACAGGCCGAGAGAAGACAUCGUGGGCAACGCAGCCUUCAAAAUACACAACGAGAAGACGGAGAGGGACCUGCUGACGAGGUUCUUCACGCUGGUGAGGCAGCUGAGGCCGCAGAUACUGGUGACGUACAACGGAGACAAUUUCGACUUCCCGUACGUUAACAGAAGAGCGGAAAUCAACGGCCUGAACAUGAACAAGCUAGCAGGGUUCCAUUUGUCAAACGGAGUGUUCGUUAACGCAGCAGUGCUUAACAUGGACUGCUACAAGUGGGUGGAGAGAGACUCGUACCUGCCCUUCGGCUCGAGGACGCUGAAGCAGGUGUGUAAGCUGAUGCUGAAGUACAGCCCAGUGGAGAUAGACCCGGAGGACAUGGUGGCGAUGGCGAGAACGGACCCGCAAAAGCUGGCAGUGUACAGCGUGUCUGACGCAGUGGCGACCUACAACCUGUACAUCAAGUUCAUACACAACUUUAUCCUGGCGCUGAGCUACAUCGUGCCGCUGCCGCCAAACGAGAUCCUGAGACAGGGAGCAGGGACUAUGUGCGAAAACCUGCUGAUGGCGGAGGCGUACGGAAAUGGAAUACUGCUGCCGAACAAACACACGCAGAAGGCAAUAAGGUUCUACACGAACCCGGAAACGGAAAAACAGCACCUGGUCUACGAAAACACGUACAUAGGAGGAAGAGUGGAGAGCCUGCGCUGCGGAAUAUUCAGAGACGACCAGGAGGAGCAGUUUGAGCUGUCAGCAGCAGCGUACGACGACCUGAUAAAUAACCUGGACGCUCUGCUGAUAUACUGGGCGAAGAACAACAUGAGUAAGAUAACGAAGGAGCCGUUGAAACUGUACGAGGAGGAGGACGAUGAGGAAGAUGGGACCCGGAGGCCGGGAGAGCCAUCAAAAAGGCUAAAGAAGAUAUUCGAGCACUUUGAAAACUUCGAGGACGUGUACAGAGAGUUGUACGUGAGGCUGUGUAGACUGAGAGACGAGAGUAGCAUAAAGACGCUGCAGCCGACAGCAAUCGUGACGGAAAAGUUCUGCGAAAAGUGCUCGUACUACAGCGAGUCGCACCUGUGUCAGAAGAGAAUGAAGUGGAAGCAGAGGCUGGAAGUGUCGCCAAUAGAUAAGAGUCAGAUACUGGUGCUGCUGCAAAACCUGAAGUCGAGGACGUACCAAGGAGCAGCAGCGUCGAAGAACGAAAGUAGAGUGAAGGCGGAGCAGGAAGAAGAUUCGGAUGCGGACUCGGAGGAGUUGGAAGGGAACGGGAAGGUGGCAUUUAGGACUUGGGACCAGCUGACGGAAAGAGAACAGGGAGCACAGCUGCAGAAGGCAGUUAAGAACCACUCGCAGAAGAUAUUUAAGAAGACGAAGAUAUACAAGGAGGCGGACGUGGAAAGCAUAAUAUGCCAGCGAGAGAACCACUUCUACGUGCAGACAGUGAUGACGUUCAGAGACAGAAGGUACACCUUCAAGCACCUGAAGAAGGAGGGAGAAAACGAGCUGAAGGCGCUGCUGAAGCAGGGCUGCUCAGACCCAGUGAAGAUGAAGAGCGUGAGAGAAAAAAUACUGAUAAACGACUCGCUGCAGCUUGCGUACAAGUGCAUACUUAACAGUUUCUACGGCUACGUUAAGAGAACGGGCUCGAGGUGGUACAGCAUGGAAAUGGGAGCAAUAGUGACGUACACGGGAGCGUCGAUAAUCGACUCGGCAAGAAAGUUGGUGGAAAAAAUAGGAAUACCAAUAGAGCUGGACACAGAUGGAAUAUGGUGUAUGCUGCCAGACGUGUUCCCAGCAGUGCUGGACCUGAAGUACGCAGCGGAGGGAAAGACGAAGACAGUGGAACUGGAGUACAUGACGACGGUGCUUAACAUGCUUAUAGCAAACGAGUGGACAAACGACCAGUACCUGGACCUGGAGGACACGGGAAAGUAUAGAACAAUAAAGAGGAACGAGAUAUUCUUUGAACUCGACGGACCGUGGCACGCGAUGUUCCUGCCGGCGUCGGAGAAGUCGGAGGAGCUGCUGAAGAAGAGAUACGUGGUGUACAACAGUAAUAACCAAAUAGUGGAGCUGAAGGGCUUCGAAAUCAAGAGGAGAGGAGAGAUGAGGCUGAUACAGCUGUUCCAAGAAGAUAUAUUCCCGCAGUACCUGCUGGGAGCAACGAAGGAGGACGCGUACCAGUCAGCGGCGAAGGUGGCGCUCUCCUACAGAAGAGUGCUGGAGACGAGAGCACAGGAGUUGAAGGAUGAUGACCUGUUUGAGCUGCUGCUAUCGAAGAAGACGGUGAAGAAGGCAGUAAAUGAACAGCCGCACCAGAAGUGUUUCGGAAUCACAGCAGCACGAAGGCUGUCGGAGCUGUUUAAAAACGACACGUACCUGAACGACCCGAACAUAAUAAUGUCGUUCCUGCUGGCCUCGCACCCGCAGGAAGCGCCGAGGACGGCGAGAGCGAUACCGAUACAGACGUUCAAGGUGGAGGAGGCUGUGCGCUCGCAGUACCUGUCGAAGUGGCUCAAAAUACAACUCUCAACAGCCACUAAGAUGUCGUCCAGAGACAUACUGGACUGGGAGUACUACAAGGAGAGGGUGGACACGCAGAUACUGAAGCUGAUAUGCCUGCCGGCGAUCAUGCAGGGCCUGAAGAAUCCGAUACCGGAAAUAGAGAUGCCGAAAUGGGUAAAGAAGAAGCAGGCGAUGAUGGAAAACAGGCAGAGAGGAAUAGUGACCUUUUUCGCGACGACAAAAGCAGCUUCGCUAGGGGACAGGGGAGGGCUCGCGGUGGGAGAUACGACUGCGGCGAGCGAUACGACAACAGCGACUGCGGACGAAGAUGAAGUGGAGGCGCCGCUGAAGGCAGAGGAGCAGGAGGACUGGCUGGACGUGCUGAAGAAGAGGUGGCUGAAGGGCGUGGCGAGUGCGAAGAGCAUGCAAAGGAGCACGCAGGCGAAGGUAAACUAUAACCUCUACAGAGAGCUGAGGGAAGUGUUAUCGAGCAGGACGGAGAGCAGGCUCGAUUUCGACGACUACUACGCACUGUUCACGGAGACGUGGCACAUCUACGACUUUGAGCUGGAUCCGAAGGACUCGUCAUACGUAAACUGUAAAGUGUCGAUAUACAACAAGCCGAUGAUACUUAACGUGAAAGUGGAGCUGUGGAGGAAGCUGUACAUCAACAAUAAGAACGAGUUCCCAAUAAAGGCGGACGAAAACGUGGCAAUAAGAGAGCUGAAGGACAGCUACGUGCUUCCGAGAGGAGCGAGGCAGAUGAACCUGGUGGAGUUGGAGAUGAGAGAGUCGUACUACCAGAAAUACCUGAGGAACUCGAUUAAGUCGAUACUGUACAAGACAGUGGCGGGAGUCUACGAGUCAAAAAUACCAAUCGCAUUCGACUUUAUGACGAGAGUGGGAACGAUGAUAUCACUGAAGAACACGGAAGUGGCGAAAGUACUGAACGAGGAUUUGGAGUUUAAGUCGAAUGCUAUAUCAGCAACGAACCCGGUGCAGACAGUGGACCUGAAGUACAUGAACGACUUUGAAUACGCGUAUGUGUACGUGUUCCAGUCGCAAGACGCAGAGACGAAGAGGAGAAACAGAUUUUUUGCGGCGAUAUUCACGAAAGGAGACCGCGCGCUGAAUAGAAUAUACGUCGGAGGAAACGUGGCACUGAAUAGAUACACGGAAGAGCAGUUUAGUGAGAUAUCGACGCCGAUAUUGGAAAAGUACAGAGAAAUGUGGGCAGAGAAAACGGCAGUGGACGCGGAUCAUUAUAGUAACCCGUACACGUUCCCUGACUGUUUUGGAGCACUGUUUGACACGGAGAUAGAAGCGUCAGAAGCAGCAGCCACGUCGUGUAAGAAUGCAAUGAAGAAGCUGGACGGGUACCUGAAUGCGCUGAAGCCAUCGUUGUCGAAGAGGAAGUACUUCGUGUACGUGUACUCGUCAGUGGAUAGGUCUGAAUUUGGACAAUGGGCGAAGGGAGAGUACUACCCAGUGUUCUUUGACGGGACGGCAAAGUCGCAUCCACAGAUACUGUCGACGCUGUUCAUGAAGUCGUGUUUCGAGGACGCAGUGAGUCUGCUGUAUAAGCACUUCAGCACGGUGGAGGAAAAGCUGGCGCUGUCGAGAAUAUCAGCAGUGCCGGUCUCAGUGCUGCUCUCGCUGAGUAGCUUGGAGGCGUUCAAGUGCAUGUUCGACGUGAUGUACGCAAGAGCACUGAGGCUGUCGUCGUCGCUGCUUUGGGGAACGAGCGAGAUGGGAGUGGAUUUGGGGUUGAUACAGGCGAGUAACCUGGAACACUCGGACUACGACAUCCACGAAAAUGAAAACAGACUGGACUUUACGAUCCCAGGAGUGUACAGGUGCUACGGAGCGAAAAUCAGGUUCAACCAGUCGAUGAUGUACAAUGCAAUACUGCUGCAGUCGAAGAUGAUGGACUUCGCAAACCACGAAAAGGCGGAAACGAGGAACGAGGAAGCAGCAGUGGUGGACCUGGAGACUAACUUCCACGUGUCGAUGUUCCACCCGAACUCGUUUAAGAUACUGGGCACGAUGCUGGAAAACCUGAUGAACUCGACGAACCUCGUGUACCAGAAGGUGGACUACGCGACCUUCCAGAACAUAGUUAACCUGUGCAGCUACCUGAAGUCGUGGCUGAGCGACGCGAGGAGCAUCCUGUACGACCCGGCACUGUAUUCGAUGGCGCUGGGAGCAAUGAAGGAGUACCUGAAGAAGCUGGUGAAACACAUAUCGGUGAACCACAAGCUGACGACAAUACACAUGGACCCGACGUACAUGGUGGUAGAGUCGGACUGCAUAAGCGUGACGAAGGGGAGGACGAGAGUGCAGGAGGCGCUGACGGACCUGGCGGCGACGCAGUCGAAGUUCAAAAACAUACCCUUCCAGGUGGAGGAGGAGUACGUGGCGAUGGUGCAGCUGGACAAGGUUAACUACAUAAGAUACAAGAACUACAUCGACGCCUCGAGAGAAAACUGCAGCGAAAACCUGAAGGCGCUGGAGUACAUGCCACUGGCAGUGGAAAUGUUCAUAAGAUAUUUCAUGAAAACGAUUGCGCUCGACCCGCUCUGGAGGAGCGUGAGGUCAUUCUACGAGUCGGACAGCUACGAGGCGACGGAGGAAAACUACGAGCCGCCGAAACUGGUGAGGACGGACUUCCACAAGCUGGCGAAGAAGAUACAUGACAGAAUAUACUACGACUGGUAUCAGCCGGGCUCGUACUUCAGUAGGCUCUACGAACUGAUCGCGGACACGGAGACGUUCGCAAGGACGUUCGACAAGAACAGCAAGCACCUGAAGAUGGACUUCCCGAAGCUGCCGGGCACGAAGCUGCAGGGCUCGGACGACUGGAAGGUGGAAACGAUAAAGCUGCUGCUCUACAUCAUGCAAAUAGACAAAAGUCUGGACUGGACAAACUAUUCGCUGAUCUCGUCGCUGGACGAAAAAAUACACAAGCUGUACAUGUUGACGUCGCAAAGCGAGUACACGGACAGGAAUUGGAAGGCGCCCUCGAGGGAGCUCAAGUUGGCGUCGCUGCGCUGCGGCCACUGCCACAUGGUCUCAGACAUAGAUAUAGUGUCGACGCUGUCGCUGCUGCAGAACGAAGAGGACGAAACGAUAAGCUACUCAUGGCUGUGUCAAAUAUGUUCAAAGCCGUUUGACAGUAGGCAGGUGGAGGCAAAGAUCAUACAAUACCUGGAGAACGUAUUCUACGCAUACCAAGUAAGUAGAGCCAGUGCAAUAGCACAAGAUAGCAUAUGUCCAUCAUGCAGGAGCGUGAAAACAAUGUACAGAAGAAAUUCCUGCUCGUAA